AUGGCGCACACUAUUCAAGCAGACCUCCCCUAUUACCAAUCCGAAAGCGAAUUGUGCAGCCUCCUCAAGCGCUACGGGAAUGUUCUCUACCUCGAAAUCCACCCGGACCACUGCAACCCCGGCAAGAACAAGGGCACCGCACGGGCAAUGUACAGGACCUUAUCCGAGGCUCUCAGUGCAGUCCGCGGCCUCGACGGCCACAUCCUUCGAGACCGCAAGAUCAGCGUCAAGCAGGAGCGGAACGAGCCCUCUGGCCCAGCAAGGCCUAGAAGACCAUUGCACACCCCCCAGGACAGCGCCAGCAGCAGCGCAUCGAAGCAGAAGAAGAAUGUGGAAUUUUCAUCAGCGGCUUCGGGCGCCAAGUCCAAAAGGUCGCGAGACGCCGUCAGGGGACCCUCCCGUGCGAGCGAUAGGCCUCAGCGGUCUAUCUCGUCUACUGGAUCGGGACCCCUCGUGGUCAACGGUGCCGCCGCCCAAAGAGGCAGCCAGGCAGCAGCGUCGUCGAGGGAUAGUGAUGACAGCAGUGAGGAGGACAGCGAUAGCGAUGACGAUAGCGAGGCUUCAUCCGCUGACGAGGAGGACGGUGUGCGAGAGGUGAGCUAA